AUGUCAGCCACCAGCGUCGACCAGAGACCUAAAGGACAGGGAAAUAAAGUACAAAACGGUUCGAUUCAUCAAAAGGAUGCAGUAAAUGAUGAUGAUUUUGAGCCAUAUCUAAGUAGUCAGACAAAUCAGAGUAACAGCUAUCCACCAAUGUCAGACCCAUACAUGCCUAGUUACUAUGCUCCAUCCAUUGGAUUUCCAUACUCUUUAGGGGAAGCAGCAUGGUCAACUGCAGGAGACCCUCCUAUGCCAUACUUGACAACCUAUGGACAGAUGAGUAACGGUGAACACCAUUACAUCCCUGAUGGUGUCUUCAGCCAGCCUGGGGCAUUAGGAAAUACCCCUCCCUUUCUGGGGCAGCACGGAUUUAAUUUUUUUCCUGGGAAUGCAGACUUCUCUACAUGGGGGACAAGUGGAUCUCAGGGACAAUCAACGCAAAGCUCUGCCUACAGCAGCAGCUAUGGCUAUCCACCUAGUUCUCUUGGGAGAGCCAUAGCAGAUGGACAGGCUGGAUUUGGCAGUGAUACUCUGAGCAAGGUGCCUGGGAUUAGCAGCAUUGAGCAAGGCAUGACUGGGCUGAAAAUUGGUGGAGAUAUGACGGCUGCUGUCACAAAAACUGUAGGUUCAGCUCUGAGCAGUACAGGUAUGACGAGCAUCGCAGCCAACAGCGUGCCCCCGGUGAGCAGUUCAGCACCUAAACCCACCUCCUGGGCUGCCAUUGCAAGGAAGCCUGCUAAACCUCAGCCCAAACUCAAGCCUAAAGGUAACGUGGGCAUUGGGGGCCCCGCUGUACCACCACCACCUAUAAAACACAACAUGAAUAUUGGAACUUGGGAUGACAAAGGGUCAGUGGUAAAAGCCCCCCCAGCCCAACCGGUACUGCCUCCUCAGACUAUAAUCCAGCAGCCUCAGCCAUUAAUUCAACCACCACCACUGGUGCAAAGCCAACUGCCUCAACAGCAGCCUCAGCCACAGCAACCACAGCAGCAACAAGGACCUCAGCAGCAGGCCCAGCCUCACCCGUUGCAGCAGCAGCAGCUGCAGAACCGCUGGGUAGCUCCUCGUAACAGGGGUGUGGGCUUCAGCCAGAACAACGGAGCUGGCAGCGAGAACUUUGGUUUAGGUGUGGUAUCCGUUAGCUCCUCGCCUUCUGGGGUGGAAGUGCACCCAGUGCUGGAGAAACUAAAGGCCAUAAACAACUACAAUCCCAAAGACUUCGAUUGGAACCUGAAGAAUGGACGUGUGUUUAUAAUCAAAAGCUAUUCAGAGGACGAUAUCCAUCGCUCCAUUAAGUACUCCAUCUGGUGUAGUACUGAGCAUGGCAAUAAGCGCUUGGACGCCGCGUACCGGUCCCUGAAUGGCAAAGGCCCACUCUAUUUGCUCUUCAGCGUGAAUGGCAGUGGACACUUUUGUGGGGUGGCUGAGAUGAAGUCUGUUGUGGACUACAAUGCCUAUGCUGGCGUCUGGUCUCAGGAUAAGUGGAAGGGGAAGUUUGAUGUCAAAUGGAUCUUUGUCAAAGACGUUCCCAAUAACCAACUGCGGCACAUCCGCUUGGAAAACAACGACAACAAACCUGUUACCAACUCGAGGGACACUCAAGAGGUACCCCUAGAAAAAGCCAAGCAAGUGCUUAAAAUAAUUGCAACUUUCAAGCAUACCACCUCAAUCUUUGAUGACUUUGCACAUUAUGAGAAGCGUCAAGAGGAGGAGGAAGCCAUGCGUAGGGAGAGAAAUAGAAACAAACAAUAACUAUAUGGAGAUGUCCUGCUAGAAUUACAACACUAAUGAUGUAGACUCUGGAAAUGCCUAAUAUGUCUAAGAAGACGUUAUUAAAGCUUUUGGGUUUUUUUGUUGUUUUUUUUUUUUUUUCCU